GUUUGAAACUCGACAGCGUCAUAGGGAACGGUUUGGUGUUUGCUUAACUCACUAACUAGCUUGUUGUCCAGUUAUGAUUGUAUAGCCUUUUUUCAGUUCAGGCCGUUGUCUAAUCACAUUUGCAUAAAGACAGAAGAUUUGGUCAAUUUAGCUGCUUGUCAGUCUCUGAAUAAGAUUAGUAACAUUAGCUGGAAAAGCAAUUGAUUGACCCUGAUUUUGCAACGAUUACUAUGGACCCUUUUGUGGAGGAGAUGGCGGGCCGAGCGCAGGUCAGACAGGCGAGCUUGCAGCAGCGAUCUGCGCAGAGAGUGAACCCGCAGGGCGGUGAAAGGAUGGGUGGGACCCCGGGACCCCUCAAGCGGCCAAGGGAGCCCCUGUCAGACAACGGGAACCUCCCGGCCUCUGCAGGUCACCUGGACAACAGCGUGAAGCGUCGCUGCCUGGAUCCCCUGGGAGACGAGAGCCGCGACCCCUGCCGGCGGUGGGCGGGGUCUCCUCCUAAGCCACGCCCACGCAGGGCAGAGCUGGAGGUGAAGCCUGACACACCUGCCAUCUCCUCCAUCAAGUCCAGACUGAAGCAGUUGACUGAGAAAAAGGAGGCAGGUGGUGCUGCACACUCAGGGGUGGGAGUGUCUCCUCCAAUCCAGAAAAGCUGGUUAGGAUCAGAAGGGGAGGAGAACAGGGGAGAGUUUCACCUCUUAGGUGACACGGAGUUCCGCUCGCGAGUUGAGCGGUUCGAACUGGGGCCCCCUCAGGACAGCCCGUCCCAGUCCACCCCCCGGCCCAGCGUCCCCUCCGGCUUCGCCCGCGCGGUCCAGGAGAAGCUGCAGAAAGCAAAGACCCCCAGCACAGGCAGAGCCCAGCGCAUCCGCCAGGAGCGUGAGCAGGAGCUGCUCAUGCUAAAGGCCCAGCCAAUCACAAACAACGCCUGGCUGAAGACGAGCCUGUUUGACAGCUCACUGUCUGAGGUGAGCCCGCCCGGGCGCUCGUCCUCUCCGGUGGCUUCCUGCGUCAGACGGAGACCGCGGAGGUGCCCCCUGUACCCCUGGGAUGCGGAGUCCAGCGCGCUGGCAGAGGAUGGCGGUAACGACGUGAGCGGCGACGUGCAGCCUGAGGAGAGCAGUGCGGCCUCGGAGCCCGCCGUCGACACGACGGCCGCCAUCGAGCCGACGCCCGCCUUCGCAGAGGAGCCCAGCCCUCAGCACAGACUCACAGACGCAGAGCCCAGCCUUCCCGAGGAGCUCAGCACCUCCAAGAUGAUCGACCAGAUGUUCGCGGGAGUUCUGGACAGCAGCGAGGAGGUGGAGGAGGAGGAGGAGGAGGAGACUGAGGAGGUGGGGGGACAGGACGAAGAGAAGGAAACGGUGGGGGAGCGUAACGCCGUCGCAGAGCCCGAGGAGGAGGGGAGCGAGCAGGACGAAAGGAUCGAUGAGGAGGAGGAGGAGGAGAAGAGAGAGCAGCAGCCACAGGAGGAGGAGGAGGUGCAGAAACAGGAGGGAGGAGUGGUGGAGGUGGAAGGGAGCAGCGAGGACGAGCUGCUCAGCCCCCUCCCCGGCUGCCUCCUCUCCCCCCUCGGCAAGUCAGUGGAGGCCGCAGUCACCCCACUGAGACUGCCCUCUAGCCAUCAGAAUGAACCCACACUGACCCCUGAAGAGACAAGCUGCCCUCCUAAAGUGACUGCCCCUCUUUACAGCAUCGAUGCGUACCGCACACAACGUCAGAGUUCCCAGAAGCCCGUGCAGUGCGUGACCCCGGUGGGACGCAGCCUUGCCGCCGAGAGGCCCCGCCUCCACCCCCAGCCGUCCGUCAACACCAAGGAGCGAAUCACGCUGCUGAAUGAGGAGGCGGGGCGGCUGCAGAGCAUCAUCAGCCAGACCCUGCAGGCGCUGAGCUGCUGCACGGACCCCGGCCACGGGCAGGGCUCCCUGGAGGAGGCCGAGGCCGAGAGGCUGCUGCUGCUGUCCUGUGAGAAGCGCUCCGCCCUGCUGGCCGAGGUGUCCCGGCUGAGGGAGGAGGCAGGGAGCGGCGGCGCCCCACCCGACGACCCCGCCCAGGUCCCCUGCAGGGGGACGGUCUCCGUCAGCAACGUCAGGCUGCCCCUCAAGACUGACUUUGUCAGCUCCGUCCGCUCGCACACAGGUCUGCCCGCUCACUACUUCUUUGUUCUGAUACGCUACGGAACCCACGACAUCGUGGCCACGCCCCUGGCCACCGCGGCCGACGCCCUGAACGGGGACACCAUCUCCUUCCCCACCUCCGUCACCCUACGAGACAUCCCCUCCAGCUUUGAGAUCGACGUGGAGGUCUUCAGCCUGUCCCACCGCCCAGGGAAUAACCUGAACGCUGUGCGCCGCUCAACAAAGUCCAAGGUCACUCCGAAGAAGUUCCUGAACACCCUUACGAGAACCAACCACAGCCUGACAUCCUCCACGCUGUCCACUGUGGGCCCCCGCAGAUCCAGUAACUUCACCCUGGUGGGCUGCCACAGGAUCACCCUGCAGUCCCUGGGCCAGAGCAAGUUCCCUCUGGACAAGAUGAAGUUUGAAGGGAAAGUGAGGAAGCUCCUGGGAGAUGAGUUUCAGGACAAGGUGCCCUUCCUGUCUCCUCUGGAGGGAAACGUCUACCUGCAGCUGGACUGCGAGGGCCACUCCCACGUCCAGCACAGCGGCUUCCUGACCGUGUUUGAAGACGUGAGCGGGUUCGGGUCGUGGCACCGCCGCUGGUUCUGCCUGAGCGGCAGCAGGCUGUGCUACUGGAGCUACCCCGGCGACGAGCACAGCAAGACACCAGAGGGCAGCAUCUCCCUGCUGGGCAGCGGCAGCCUGUGCGUGCGCCCGGUGAACAGGAACUCCUGCGCCCGGCCGCACACCUUUGAGCUGGCCAGCGUCAUGCAGCAGGGCAAUGACCACUCGCUGGACAAGCGCUGGUUCUCAGCUGACACGCGAGAGGAGAGGCUGCAGUGGGUGGAGAAGCUGAGCCAGGCUCUGCUGGACCUUCAGACCUGGAGCACCCGUCCCAGGACCCCCGACUCCCAAACCUUCAGCAAGACCCCCCAGGAGAACGUGCUGUAACCGGCCCGAUCCUGGGGAGGGCACCGACUCCUCCCUCUCCUCCCCCCCCCCCCCCCCCCCAUCCUCAUCCUUCAGCCACAGGCUCGGUCUCAUAUAUACUAGACUGCACUACACUGAAUAAUAAUGGACAAUGUUUAUAGAACACCUUUCGCAAUCUCAAAGCACUUUAGUCACGGAAGUUUAUCUCAGCAACCGCCGAUGUGUGGCCCCUCCGCCUGGGCGCUUCACGGCAGCCAUUUUGUGCCAGAACUCUCCCCACGCCUCAGCUUGGGGUGCAGGGGGAGGGAACGCUAAGCUAAUUAAGCGCAGUGGGUGAUUGGCUGGCUAGGUUGAGAGUGGCGGACAGGACACUGUUUACAAUAAGCGCCAUGAGGGGGAUCUUAACAUCCCUGGAGUCUGGACCUCAUAGUCAGUCCAGAAGAUUGAUUUGCUUACUCCAAAUUAAUAUUGCUGGACUACAAUGCAGUUGAUACUUUUGCUGUAUGGUACGUUUACAAUACUGACCAGGGAAAUCUCGGCAUAUUAAAACAACUAUAUUACAUCAUCAGGCUCUGUCAUCCACACUACAUUAACUUUAUAACUGAGGUCAAAUAAUUGAGGUUACCCAGAAGCCCCUGGUGCUGGAGGUGGCAUCUAAUUUGUUGGAGUAUGAGGGUGUUGUGACUGCAUAUGGUGUUAUGCUGUGGUUUCUGGGUUCCUCUGGGAAAAUGUUUAAGGGAGAAGGGUGCGUUUUAUGAUUAUACAAUUGCAAUAAUGAGCAUGUGUGUGUGUACACACGCUUGUGGCUGAUACUCCUAUACUUGCAAAGGGAGCAUACAUUUAAUGAAUGAGUUGUAACAGGAAAUUACUGCUAAUUAUAUUUACAUAUAUGGGGGGGAGGGAGCAUAUUAAUGUUUAUGAAUAACCAAUUUUACUUUGUAUUUAAGGCAUUAAGUUUUAUUUUACUAAAUCGAACGGCAGUUCCAGCAGGUUUCGUCUCCAGUUGUGAUCCUGCACUGGCAGAGAAGAGGAUGAUGAAGGAGAUUAUCCGGAGAUGAAGGGUACCAUAGCACUGCCCUGGGGUGUGUAACAAUGGGAGAUGGAUGACUGUUACUAUGGCAAUUUUGUAGUAUUCCCCUUGGAAUUCCAUGAGUCAUUUUAGAUAGUACGUCAUGAAACUAGCUGCUAUGGCACCAGCUACUUGUGUUUGCUUACUAUUGACUGCUGUUCAUCAUGUGACUGUAUUCAGCAUAGGUAUGAACAUUCAAUGAUUUAAGCGCUUUAUUGAAUGGGAAGAUGAAUCUGCCCUAGUAAUUUUCGUUCUAAUAUGUAAGCAAGCCAACAUUUUAGCUUGCUUUAUGAGAUUGAUUGUCUCACAUUAAUAACUGACAAGCUGUAUAAUUAAUGCAAACAAAUUUUGGUUUAUUCUCAUUUGGUUGGUUUAGUUUGCAUUGUUGCUUUGUUCACUACAUUUUGAAAGGUAUAGUUUGAAUUAUUUAUAGGUUGUCAUUCAUAUGUGUAGCUUGUUAGGUAGAAUGUGUAUUUUGCCAGCUUGAUCUGUGAUUGACUGCUACCUGACCAUUCUAGAAUUCUGAAGGAAAGACGACAUCGCCAUAGACUCGUAUUAGAUGAUGUCAUUCCAGUCCCAUUGUCGUACACCCAGUUUCAAACUUGACACAAUGAAGGAGCUCUGUGGUUGGGUGUGCCCGGUCCUGGCCCUGGUCCUGAUUGGCCGAAGUCCAGCCGUCUGCUCCACCUCAGCGCUUAAGCAUUCAGAUCAUUUAAAUACUGCCUGAACCAGCCAAUGGCAGCACUCCUCAGCAGCAGUGUUCACCGGGCUGGGAAACCUGCUGGACUCCUGGCCUCAACAGCAGCGGUUCCCAAACUCUUUCUCAGGGCCCCCUGGUUGGUCGUGGGGAGGGGUUGACGUGUGUCAUGUGACACUUGCGAAGAAAAAAAAGAACCGUAUGUAAUACACAUUCACACUGACAUUGAAAGAACGGUCAAAUUGAACACUACCCAUUUUAUGCAGUUGUUUUGACUCGUAAAAAAAAAAAAAAAAAAGCUUUCAUGUAUUGGUACGAAGUCAGGCUGCGUUUUAAUAACGGGUGGGUCACGGUACAUACGUGUGCUCAUGAACUGGGCCGUUGACUGGAAGUUUAGGAACCGCUGCUCUAGAGCUUUGAUUGCAUGUAUGUGUGUAUAUAUUUACUGUUACUAUUUACAGGCAAAUGGCUAAACGUUACUGUAAUUAGCGUACGUCAACGUGAAGCUCCACAGACGGCUUCGUUCCGGAAUCUGCCUAUUAAUAUUUUGUGUUUACGGAAAUCUGUUAUCUGUGUCUGUGAUCUCGGUCUAGUGCAAGUCCAUGAUGUCUACGCAGAUUCUCGAAUGCUCGAAAGAAUAAAUACUGCUUUGACUGGCAA